AUGGUAGUGCGUAUAGAGAAGGCCAUUCUUGGAGGACGCCCUCUAUUGAUGAUGAACAGUGUAGAUAGUGUUGAUUCCAUGUCUGCACCUCUCAUUCACCAUGCUAACCACGGAACUGAAGAGGGCGGGAGUGGAGAUGCCCGACUCAUCAAAUACUGCGGACGCAGAUUGCUUGGCCAUGAGAACUUCCGUGUUACCAUAGCAACCACCAACAUGUACCCAAACCUCAGCGCCAGAACAGCGUCAGCAACGACCCUUGUGAACUACAACGCAUCACCUGAGAUGUUACGAGAAGAGCUCCUUGAUAGAGCCUUUGCUAGGGUCAUGCCAAUGCUGUAUCUUGAGAAGAAGAAGGUCUUAAGAGCCAUUCAACAGCACAAAGAGACCUUACAGUUUCUUGAAGACAAACUCCUCCAGGUUCUUGAAGGAGAAGUCUCAUCCCAGGAGAUCACCAGCCACACGGAGUACGUCUCCUCCAUCGUGGAUCACAAGGAGACGGUCUUCACCCGUCUGGAGGCAGCAGAACAGGCCCUGUCCCAGCUGGAGCGCAUCCGGGACCAGCUGUCCCCGGUGUCCAAGAGAGGUGCGAUGCUGUAUUCCGUGGUGCAGAGCCUACAGGGGAUGCAGAGGGAGUACAGAGUGUCACUACCGAUGUUUCUCUGGAUGUUUGAUCAAGCCGUAGGAGAGGAGCUGCCUCCAGAGGUGGCGCAGGAAGAGGACUGGCAUGAUGCUGAUACCGGUAGUGAUGAUGAAGAUGAUCCUCAUCAUGGUAAAGUGGUGCUUCCACCCAGACUAGGAAGCGCUUCAACACGGAUCUCUGAGAAGAAGAUUACCAUGGGGGAUGGUGGAGAAGGGCAGGAGACAGGAGGAGAAUCAGGUGUAGAAGAUGACGAGGAAUGUGCCGUUGGACCUGCCGGUGUGUCAGUCCCAGAUAUAGUCAUUCCUGAUGUACCUACGUUCCCAUCAGGAGGUAUGGAGUAUACCAAUCUAUCUGCUAAUCAAGUCAAACAGCUCGUUGACUGCCUUACGCAGACAGUCUUCCAGAAUGUCAGACAGAGCCUAUAUGAUGAGCACCGCCUCCUUUUUGCAACUCUACUAUGCAUUAACAUCCAAUAUGAAACAACCAACAUAUUCUCUGAAGAGGAGUUAGCUCUACUUCUACAAGGUCGUUUGCCCUCGGCUAAACUCAACACUCUCCUGAGUGACUUUUGCAAUUUGCACUUACAAUCACGAAUUAAAACAGGAAACCCUGGACUGGGGACCAUGGAGUUGACUCUCCUUGACUUUGGAUGCGACGCCCCACCCCCAGCUUUCCUACCACCUGAUAAAUGGGAGGAUAUCCUAGCCAUCUCUGUGCUACCUGGUCCAUUGGAUUCCCUAUGUAUUCAGGUAGCUGAGAUGCCUGAUAGAUGGGAGGAAUGGUAUCAAUCAUCAGAACCUGAAAGACUAGCCCUACCGCUCAGGCCAAAUACAGGUGAAGAGCGUCCAGUUGAUGAACAAGGCCAGACCUCGCCCCAGAGCAGUCCAGACCUCGGCGGCCUCAACGAAUUCCACCAGCUCAUCCUCCUGCGUCUUCUCCGCCCUGACCGGUUCCCAGCAGCGGCCUCCCGUUACGUCCAUCGUCACCUGACCUGCGUGAAGCCCCUACCGUCUGCGGUGGGAAGCAUCCUGGGUAGUGCGGUCCGUUCCCUUGCUGUCAUGGUCCUGAUGCCACCUUCACCAGCAGCAGGGAAUAAGAGGUUACCUAGUGAACUCAAGUCUAACACAAGACCAGUUGAUAUACUACACACAUAUGCACAGAAAAAGAGCAUUGCCUAUGAGCGAAUUGCCAUCAAUGAAGGCACGGAGCAGCAGGUUGCCAUGGCGAUAGAUGCAAUCGCUGAUAAGGAUGGUUGGUUGGUGAUUGAAGACCUUCAUCUCGCCUCUGAUCGUUUUCUUUCUCAUCUUAAAGGUCAACUUAUUAGAGUUGGUAAUACAGGAGGCCCAUUAGGACUCAACCCCAUUGCAGUCAACAACCAAUCACGUUUCUGCAUCUGGUUGACCUCUGAACCCUCGGGUCGUCUUCCUGACGACCUCCUCCAGUCCGUCCGUGUCAUCUCCUGGGAUGUGAUAGGUCCUCAUCUCUUGAAUGAACAGGAUGGUUCAGCUAACAUGGAGGUAGUAACGCUCUCUCAGGAUGACAUACUUAAAACAGCUACUAUCGCAGCCUUGAAAUCAGUUGAUCCAUCCUUCUGGCAAGCCCUGACUGAUCAGAGCACAGCGGUACGAGGCGUUGCGUACGGAGCAUGUGUCAUCCAUGCAGUCCUCUACGCUCGUCAGAUGUAUGGUGCGAGAGGUCUGUCACAGUACCAAGCCUUCAGUAAAGUCCAGGUCAAUCACAGUCUGGAGGUCAUCAUGGGGUCAAAGUUCAAGGAAGAAGGAGGUCAGACUGGGAAUGAUAGUCUGAAAGAGCUUUGUGGACUCGUCUCUGGGGUUGUCUAUGGGAACAUGCUGACCGACCCCUGGGAUGGUCUCUAUCUGUCUACCAUUGUCAAUCAUAUCCUCACUGCCACCAGUCGGUCUGGUAGCCAGCUGGUUCUAGGCUCUGUUACCGUGCCAACCCCUCCAGCUAACGUGGAUGCUACGGACUAUGCUGGAUGGUUGGAGGAGAAAUGGGAUGAGGAGGUCGGGACCACGGAAGCUUUGAGUCUGGAUGAUGGGGUCAAGAAGCUCGUCAACAAAGCAAGUGGUCUUGAUUUCCUGACCUACCUUGACAAUCUCUAUGAGAUCCAGCAUUCUGGCCCUCGAGGAUCAUCCACCAUUCCAUCCCAACCACAGUUCAACUCCACCAAGAUAUCAAAUGCCAUCGACUCCAUCACUGAGAGGCUGCCCUCUAUAGUUGACCUUGGAGAACUCCCAAUACACAUCGUCAACGAGGCAGAGAAGUACACGUUCCCGUACCAUGCGCCCUCGUUGAUGAGUUUGUUGAGCGUGGCGAGCGUUGAGAUGCCGCAAAGCAUUGGAUUCGUGCUUCUUCAGGAAUGUCACUGGUAUAACUCCUUACUGUGUCAUGUUCGUCAAAGCCUUCAUGAGGUUGAAUGCUGUAUGCUACAAGGUCAAUACGCCAUGAAACCGUCCAUCAGACACCUAGCUAUGGCUCUCCAACAGGACGCUGUACCAGCUACGUGGGUACAUCCUAAUAGACAACCUAGUGGACAUACUCUCAUCUCUUGGGUGGGAGACCUGAAGAGACGUCAUGACCAAAUGCAGGCAUGGAUCAAAGAGGGAAAAGUGCCCCGCUCUGCUCCGGAUAUUGUUCCGAUCCAGACCGAACCGAGGGGUCAUCUUCUGUCCAUCUGGAUGGGAGGGUUGGUCAACCCAACGGCCGUUAUCACUUCACUGAGACAGGAGAAGGCCGCCCUCGCUGGGUGUCUUGUAUCAGAGGUUGGUAUCUCUUGUGAGGUAUCUCGUUCUCUGAAUGAAGAUAGUUUUGACAUCAUUCAUCCUGGAGGGAUGUAUAUCAGAGAUGUUUAUCUUGAUGGAGCUACCUGGGACCUUGAACAUGGCUGCCUAGCCCCAGCAAGCUCAUCCCUCUCAGCAAUGCCUAGUAUGUACAUCAGACCAAUCAUCAUUGAUCAAGAACCAGAAACAGCAAGGAGUUCUGAAUCCAACGCAGACCAAGCUAGUCAACAUGAACCAUCUUCUAAUACAGACAAUGUGGAUGAUGAUAAACAGCGCCCUCAACUGGGUGUCUAUCAGUGUCCAGUAUUCUUGAAUCAAUCAAGACAGGUUUGUGUAUUCACCUUUGACCUUGCUUGUCCGCUUCCUGUAGAGCAAUGGACUAUGGCAGGAACGGCUCUCAUCCUAGAUCCAGAAGCACCAGAGAAUGGCGCCAGGAAGUGGCCUCAGCCUUCCAUGCAACACUCGGUGAGGACCAUAGAGGAAGCAGCUGUGAAGCAGAGUGAUGACGGAACCAGCGAAAGGGGACCACCAUCCCAAGCGUCACGCCGCUCUAUCGGGAGCAAACCUGGUAGCGCCACCGGACUCCGGCUUGGUUCAGGGUCCAGGCAUUCCGCGAUGAGCCGACCGUCCAACAGCAGGCAGUCAGUGAGGUCAGACAAGAAGGUUACCAUCGAGGAGAAAGAGGAAGAAGAAGAGAAGAAGCAGGAUACUGUUUUGGAAGAAGAGGAAGAGGAAGCAGUAAUGGAGGCAGAUGAUGAUUUUGAGUUGGAGGAAAAUGUUGAACUGAUGAUGACUGCACGGUCCAUUGAGCAGGAAAGACAGCGUCAUAAGACGUCUACUUUUGAUUACAGAAAUCUCACAAGUUCUCUGAACGAUAGCAAGAAUGCUGACCCGAAUGAGCUGGAUGAGCUUGACAAUGAGAACGCUAAUAAUGAUCCAGGAGAGGCAGACUAUGGGGAGGAUUAUGAUGGAGCAAGUGAGAGGUCAUCUACCAGGAGUUCUCAUCAUUCUUCAAGGGCAUCAAGUGCUUCUGCAAAGGAAGUCAGGAGAUACUCUGAUGAGGAGGAUGAUAAGAAGUAUUCUGAUGGUGAGAACGAAGGAAAGAAGGAGCCUGAGAGAGAGGAAGAUGAAUUCUUUGAAACAGCAUCUCAGAAGAGUGGACAAUCAAGACACAGUGCUAGAUCCCAAAGAAGCACAAGGUCUAACCAUAGGGACAAGUCUGGUGAGGAAGCACGUAGCUCACCAUAUGGUAGCCAGAAUGGGUCCAGACAUAGUGUCAAACCAAAGGAUGAUGUGAGUGGUUCAAAGACAAGCAUCCAGUCAAGGAAGUCUACCAAGGAUGAUGACACAGCCUCAAGGAAGAGCCUUAAAGCUGCUGAAGAUGUGUAUGCUUCAGACAAAGGGUCAAGGAGAAGUGGGAGUGGUGGAUCCAGGAAGAGUUUACCUAAAACCGGCAAAGAUCGGGCAUCAUCGGCAGAGUCAAGCAAAUCUGAAGGAAGAGAUUCAGUCGAUAGUGAUGGCAGUCCAAACCAAGGCAAGGAACUCCAACCCCGACCUCCAAGCAGUGGCUCCAGGAAGUCUGGCCGGCCAGGAAGCACAAGCUCCAGGAGAUCCAUCAGGUCAGCUGGAUCAGUCAAGUCUGGCCAGGAUGAUGACGAGGAAAGGGACAAGUUUCCUACCAACGGAGAUGCCUCAAAGGACAAGAAAGAUCAUCAUAGCUCUAAGGAGUCUCUGAACUUCUUUGAACAAGCCAUUGAAGCGAUUGUUGGGGAUGGGAGCAGCGAUGAAGAAGGCAAGACAAGAUCUAAGGAUGUGAAGUCUGCUGCUAGCCAUGGUAGGGCAAGUAGUCAGGGUAGGGCUAGUAGCCAAGGAAGAGGUGUGUCAGCAAGUAGAGCCUCUGAUCAAAGAAGUGUCUUUAACAAGGAUGAUCCAAACUAUUAAGGUAUUCCAUAAUUUGUAUUGUUUGCAUUAUUUACCUCAUCUGUCUGGAUGCAGACAUAGCGAACCUUGCAGGGACCAAACUGUGGAGAAUUGGCAUUAAAUAAAAAAAAAAACCUUUGUUUACAUUUAUUGCUUUGAGACCAGAGUCAAUGAUUUAAUCAAAUCUUUAAGUGAAUUAGAAGAAUUGUACAACUAUGCAAUGUUUGGUGAUUGCAUAUAACUUCCAGGCCCUGCUGUUUAAAAUGUGGGCCAAGCUACAAGUGGCAUCACCUUGGUGUUCAUGGUAUGACAAUACUUGGCAAGGAUUGGAUCCCGAGAACACGAAUAGUAUGU